UGCGCGGGCGGCGUGGGGGCGUGCGGGCCCCGGGGCGGCGGGAAUGCGCGGGCCUCGGUGGGCAGCCCCGGCGCACAGCCGCGGCCGGGGCGUGCGGCGCGGGGCGGAAAAGCCUGUUUACACAGCCUGCACACCGCCUGGGGAAUAAUGCAGGAAAGGAAGUGAGCCGGCUCGGCCUGACUGCUCCAACUUCCUGCUCUCACACACACCGGGGGGGGGGGGGGAGAAAAAAAAAAGGAGCGAGAGAAAGAAAAAAAAGGGGGGGGGAUCAGGAUCUCAUUACAACAGCAACAGAGCGUCUGCAGACGCCUGUCAGCAUGGAAAGUCGGGGGCUUUCGCCUGGGUCCUCCUAGACCUUGCCCCGAAGACGGCUCCUGAAGGCUCCCCCGCGUCUGGGCAUGGAGAGUGCAAUCACGCUGUGGCAGUUCCUGUUGCAGUUGCUGCUGGACCACAAACAUGAGCACUUGAUCUGCUGGACAUCGAAUGAUGGUGAAUUCAAGCUCCUCAAAGCCGAAGAAGUGGCCAAGCUGUGGGGACUGCGGAAAAACAAGACAAACAUGAAUUACGAUAAGCUGAGCAGGGCCCUGCGCUACUACUAUGACAAGAACAUCAUCAAGAAGGUGAUUGGGCAGAAGUUUGUGUACAAGUUCGUCUCCUUCCCGGAGAUCCUGAAGAUGGAUCCACACGCGGUGGAGCUCAGCCGGGAGGGCCUGCUGCUGCAGGACGGCGAGGGCAAGGGCCCUGGCGGUGAGGGCCGAGAGGCGCACAGGCAUGGCCUGGCAGCGCUCAAGAGCGCCAGCCGCAACGAGUACAUCCACUCGGGCCUGUACUCGUCCUUUACCAUCAACUCGCUGCAGCACGGCCCCGAGGCCUUCAAGGCCAUCAAGACCGAGAAGCCCGACGAGCCGCCCGAAGACGGUGCCCCCCUGGACGAGGUCCGGACUGUCAUCAGGUUUGUGACCAACAAGAGCGACAAACACAGCACCAGGCCUGUGGUAUCCCUGCCCUCCACGUCGGAGGCUGCGGCUGCCUCCGCCUUCCUGGCCUCGUCUGUCUCCGCCAAGAUCUCCUCUCUCAUGCUGCCCAGCGCCGCUGCCAGCAUUUCCUCCUCAUCGCCCUCCUCCUCGUCCCGGUCCCCAUCCCUGUCUCCCACCUCUCCCCUCCCCUCUGAACACAGAGGCCUCUUCCUCGAGGCAGCCUGCCAUGACUCGGAUUCCCUGGAGCCCUUGAACCUGUCGGCGGGCACCAAGACCAAGUCUCCGUCUCUGCCCCCAAAGGCCAAAAAGCCCAAAGGCUUGGAAAUCUCCGCGCCCCCGCUGGUGCUGUCCGGCACCGACCUAGGCUCCAUUGCCCUCAACAGCCCAGCUCUCCCUUCGGGCUCCCUCACCCCAGCCUUCUUCACCGCGCAGACACCAAAUGGACUGCUUCUGACCCCGAGCCCACUGCUGUCCAGCAUCCACUUCUGGAGCAGCCUCAGCCCAGUUGCUCCAUUGAGUCCUGCCCGGCUGCAAGGGCCAAACACGCUGUUCCAGUUCCCUACAUUGCUCAAUGGCCACAUGCCAGUGCCGCUCCCCAGCCUGGACAGAGCUGCCUCUCCAGUACUGCUUUCUUCCAGCUCCCAGAAAUCCUGAUGACAUCUGGCCACAAUUAAAGACUCAUUAACAGAUGAAACGAGUUUGUCCCUAGGGGCUAGUUUACCUGUGUCUUGAGAAGGACAUUGUGAAACCCCAUUAAUUUGGUUUGCACUUUUCAUAACAUGAAUAGUCUAGAUUUAUGUUAGCAUUUUGAAAACUGGUUUUUUAUAUAUUCAAGUAUAUAUGGAAAUCUUUUGCAUUAAGUGAAUUUUAAUGUCUGUUUUUAUUCCCUCUUAGCUCUUUAUGUGGUGGACACUGUUGACAGUGAACAACCUUUCCUAAUGGUUUUCAGUAUAACUAAUCAGGAUGUGAAGCUUAUUUCCUCUAAUUCUGCAUAUGCUGAACUGUGCUUGUAACACCCUAUAACCAGCUGUGCCUUCCUUUGCAUUUAGUUUUAUGUAAAUGAUUUCUAUUUUUUAGUAUUAAGAAAAAAAAUGUUUGAAAGACAAAAAUUAGUUUCAAACAGCUCUAGUAGAAUUUCAUUAUUUUCACAAGUAGGCAAUAUGAAAGCAUACUCAUAUCACUUCUUUUUUUGCUUUCAAUUGUGUAAGAAUGCCUUAGAACCUUUUUGAACUGAAACUCAGUAAAUGUAAUAUCCAAAUAUUGUUUUUAAAGAAAACAAGCCAUAUUUAGACAGUAAGCAUUUAUGAAAGAAAAUGUUCCCAAGCGCAUUUUUAAAGAAAUGAACUUAGAUGCCUCUCAAACAAAAAUGUUGAGUUUCCUGAAGUUCCUGCUAUCAUCAGCCCCUAGAAGAUUUCAUCAAGUUUGUAUAAUCUUACUUUAAAAACUAGCCGUGGUUCUCCCAAUUUCCCAGACUCACACCCAGCUGACAUUUACCAUGUUCCAGCUCGAGACUACAACUGAAUUCAAACAAUUUUUGUAACAUCAGGCAUCAUUACAAUUUUUCAUGGAUCCAAAAACUCAUUUAACACACAACUGGAAGUCCUGAGGCCUGUUUGUAUGGAGAGGUGUCAGAUACACUACUUCAUGAUUUACUAAGUUUAUGCUGAGAAUGGAGGAAAUUGUAAAAAAAAUUACUCUGAAGGAAGCUUACUUUAUUUGGAACACUAUUUCUGUUGAGUACUGUGGUUUAAGUGCAGCGAUGAGAUCCUUUUUGGCCUUCCUUCAGAAAAAUCGGGCAGCAUUUCAGAGGCACCACAGCAGUGCCUCGGCAGGAAAGUUAACUGUAAUCCUUAACUCCAAGUAA